CCAUGAUGCUCAAUUCACUGUGAGAUUUCUUAAGGGUCUAAGGAUGCCUGGAAUCCCUGAAAAUUUCUGUCACGGACUCCUCGAAACUCCUGCCUGGCUCACCAGCCUGUAGCCUGAUUUGAGGUCUGUCCCAGCUGGAUGCCCCAGUCAUGGGCAGGGACCUGAUGAGGGGUCUGUCACAGCAGGACGCCGGGGAAUGGGAGCUCCUGCCUCAGGGCCCCGUCUGGAGAGCAAGGUGUCCUGCCACACUGAGGGUCCUGAUCAUCGCCCUGCUCUGGAGGGGGUCCCUAUCCCAGCUGCCCGGAUUUACCCUUAUGGUGCUGCAGUCGGUGUCGGUGCAGGAGGGUCUCUGCAUUCUCAUCCCCUGCACCUUCACGUUCCCAGCCUCCUAUGACACCGACAAUCCCUCGGCCCAUCUCUACGGAUACUGGUACAAGGAGCCUGCUACUGGGGGCCAGGAUCUUCCCGUGGCCGCCAGUACCACCAACCUGAGGGUGUCGCAGGAGACCCAGGGCCGGUUCCGGCUGACGGGGGAUCCAGCGCACGGCGACUGCUCCCUGCAAAUCAGUGAUGCCCGACGGACGGAUGCGGGGAGAUAUUUCUUUAGCUUCGAGAAAGGCCUGUUAGAACACACUUACCGCUCCAAUUCCGAUGGCGCUGACUCUGCGCUCACGAUCUCCGUGCCAGGGCUGACGGAGGAGCCAGAGAUCCAGAUCUCGCCGGCGCGGGGGCUGCCAGGAACGCUGCUGGCCGGGGAGCCGGUGACUGUGACCUGCACGGCCCCUGGGCGCUGCUCUGGGCCCCCUCCCCAAGUCACCUGGACGGGGCCGUUCAGCGACAGAGCCUGGGACAUCUCAGCCCAGCUGGCAAACGGCACCUGGGCCCACAGCUCCACGCUCAGCUUCACCCCGGACCCAGGGGACCACGGCAAAGAGCUCGUCUGCAGCGUCACCUACAGGCCACCACGGGGACCUUCCACUCGCAGAACCAUCCGGCUUCAUGUCGGAUGCGAGUGA